UGAAAAUUCCAAACUAACAGUCGUACAAAAAAAACUUAUAAACUAAGUCGUCAUUUGUUGUCUUCUUCAAAGAAUCUCCGGCAGAUAAAUAAUCUUGAUCUGAACGCUCAAAAGUUCCUUCGAGCAGAAGAAAGAUAAAAAAAUCGUGAGGGAUUGAAAAUCUGGUUUAGGCAGAUUAUCCGUAAUUAGUUACUGCAUCCUUAAUGGCCGCUCCGCCACUAGUCUCGAUCGUCUUCAUCUUCAUCUUCUCCUUACUCUUCAUUCCGGUUUCGUAUUCUGUUCCUUUCAUUGUGUUACACGGUAUUGGUGAUCAAUGCGCCAAUCGGGGAAUUUCACAAUUCACUGAACUUCUAAGUAAUUGGUCUGGCUCUAAGGGAUACUGCAUAGAAAUUGGAGAUGGCACAUGGGACUCCUGGGUUAUGCCACUUCAGAAGCAGGCUGAAACUGUUUGUGAUAAGGUGAAGAAAAUGGAAGAACUCAGUGAGGGUUACAACAUCGUUGGAUUAUCGCAGGGAAACUUAAUUGGUCGAGGGGUUGUUGAGUUAUGUGAAGGAGGGCCUUCUGUUAAGAAUUUUGUCUCACUAGGUGGUCCUCAUGCUGGCACUGCUUCUGUACCACUUUGUGGAUCUGGUUUAUUCUGCAUCAUCGUUGACAAGUUAAUCAAGUUAGGGAUAUACUCCGAAUAUGUCCAGGCUCACUUGGCUCCCAGUGGUUAUCUUAAAAUUCCAUUGGAUAUUCCCAAUUAUCUAAAAGGCUGUAGGUUUCUCCCUAAGCUCAACAAUGAACUCCCUAACAAGAGGAAUUCCACUUACAAGGAACGAUUCACUAGCUUGCAGAAUUUGGUGCUUAUCAUGUUUGAAGAUGACACGGUUUUAAUACCUCGUGAAACUUCCUGGUUUGGAUACUAUCCAGAUGGGGCCUUCAAUGAAGUUUUACCUCCACAACAAACAGCACUCUAUGUUGAAGACUGGAUUGGUCUGAAAACCCUGGAUGACGCUGGAAAGGUUAAAUACGUCAGUGUAUCAGGAAAUCAUCUUGCAAUCUCUGAAAGUGAUAUGAAGAAAUAUAUUCUCCCAUAUUUGGAGGCGGCAUCUACCAAAAGGAUGAUUGUAGAAUCGUCGUAUGAGUGGCCCUCAAUUUGGAGUUUCAUUAAAGUAGUCAAGGACACGUGGGAUGGGUCAUUACUUCAUCCUUGAUCCGAAAGUGUCAUUUAUGACCAUUGUUUGUUUACCAAUGGAUGGAAAAUGAACCUCAAAUUUAUGGGUUUGUAUCCAAUGCACAGUUAUCAUACCAAGUUCUUGGGUUGUAAUAUAUAUUGUUGAGAUUGCAAGGUCAAACUGGGGAAUGUGGUCAGCGAUCAUGAGCUUAAGGCAAUAUUUGUAUCAGAGAUCAAUCACCCACACCCUCUAUUAGCAUGUCUACAGAAAUGUAACUAUAAUCUCUGGCUAUUUAUCUUUA